CCCACUCCGGCGCCCCUCCUGGGCUCCUCCGCCCGCGUCCAGCCGGCCUCCCUCAUUGUCCUCGCUCGCCCCGGCCUCGUGGCGCGGGGAGGCGUUCCAUACACGUUUCCCCUUGGCCUUUGCCUCGUCCGCUGCCCUCCACCCACUCCCCCUGCCCCCAGGCUCCACACCCACCCGGUCUGUGCGGCCUGCCCGUCCGCGGGUGCCACGUGUUCAGCCUGCCAGCCCCGCCCAAACGCACCCCUCAGCCUGGCCGCCAGCCUGACCCAGAACCCCUGCGCCGGAGGGAGGGUGGGAAUGUCUGCACGUGGGUCUGGGUGUGAGCUGCCUGGGAGCCUGGAUGUAUGGCUGUGGAAGUCCAGGAGCAGUGGCUUUGUUUGCCAGCAGCCGGAUGCCCGGGCCCACUGGGCGGGCCAGUGGCCGCCUGCGGGAUGAGCAGACUGCUGGGGGGGACGCUGGAGCGCGUCUGCAAGGCUGUGCUCCUUCUCUGCCUGCUGCAUUUCCUCGUGGCCGUCAUCCUCUACUUUGACGUCUACGCCCAGCACCUGGCCUUCUUCAGCCGCUUCAGUGCCCGAGGCCCUGCCCAUGCCCUCCACCCAGCUGCCAGCAGCAGCAGCAGCAGCAACUGCUCCCGGCCCAACACCACCGCCUCUAGCUCCGGGCUCCCUGAGGUCCCCAGUGCCCUGCCCGGUCCCACGGCUCCCAUGCUGCCACCCUGUCCUGACUCGCCACCUGGUCUUGUGGGCAGACUGCUGAUCGAGUUCACCUCACCCAUGCCCCUGGAGCGGGUGCAGAGGGAGAACCCAGGCGUGCUCAUGGGCGGCCGAUACACACCGCCGGACUGCACCCCAGCCCAGACGGUGGCGGUCAUCAUCCCCUUUAGACACCGGGAACACCACCUGCGCUACUGGCUCCACUAUCUACACCCCAUCUUGAGGCGGCAGCGGCUGCGCUACGGCGUCUAUGUCAUCAACCAGCAUGGUGAGGACACCUUCAACCGGGCCAAGCUGCUCAACGUGGGCUUCCUAGAGGCGCUGAAGGAGGAUGCUGCCUAUGACUGCUUCAUCUUCAGCGAUGUGGACCUGGUCCCCAUGGAUGACCGCAACCUAUACCGCUGCGGCGACCAACCCCGCCACUUUGCCAUUGCCAUGGACAAGUUUGGCUUCCGGCUGCCCUAUGCUGGCUACUUUGGAGGUGUGUCAGGCCUGAGUAAGGCUCAGUUUCUGAGAAUCAAUGGCUUCCCCAACGAGUACUGGGGCUGGGGUGGCGAGGAUGAUGACAUCUUCAACCGGAUCUCCCUGACUGGGAUGAAGAUCUCACGCCCAGACAUCCGAAUCGGCCGCUACCGCAUGAUCAAGCACGACCGCGACAAGCAUAACGAACCCAACCCUCAGAGGUUUACCAAGAUUCAAAACACGAAACUGACCAUGAAGCGGGACGGCAUUGGGUCAGUGCGGUACCAGGUCUUGGAGGUGUCUCGGCAACCACUCUUCACCAAUAUCACAGUGGACAUUGGGCGGCCCCCGUCGUGGCCCCCUCGGGGCUGACACUAAUGGACAGAGGCUCUCGGUGCCGAAGAUUGCCUGCCAGAGGACUGACCACAGCCUGGCUGGCAGCUGCUCUGUGGAGGACCUCCAGGACUGAGACUGGGCUCUGUUUUCCAAGGGUCUUCACUAGGCCCCCUAGCUACACCUGGAAGUUUCAGAACCCACUUUGGGGGGCCUCCUGCAUGGGCAGGCUCUUCAAGUGUGGCCCUCUUUGGAGUCAACCCUCCUUCCCGACCCCCUCCCCCUAGCCCAGCCCCAGUCACUGUCAGGGUCGGGCCAGCCCCUGCACUGCCUCGCAGAGUGGCCUGGGCUAGGUCACUCCACCUCUCUGUGCCUCAGUUUCCCCCCCUUGAGUCCCCUAGGGCCUGGAAGGGUGGGAGGUAUGUCUAGGGGGCAGUGUCUCUUCCAGGGGGAAUUCUCAGCUCUUGGGAACCCCCUUGCUCCCAGGGGAGGGGAAACCUUUUUCAUUCAACAUUGUAGGGGGCAAGCUUUGGUGCGCCCCCUGCUGAGGAGCAGCCCCAGGAGGGGACCAGAGGGGAUGCUGUGUCGCUGCCUGGGAUCUUGGGGUUGGCCUUUGCAUGGGAGGCAGGUGGGGCUUGGAUCAGUAAGUCUGGUUCCCGCCUCCCUGUCUGAGAGAGGAGGCAGGAGCCCCAGGGCCGGCUUGUGUUUGUACAUUGCACAGAAACUUGUGUGGGUGCUUUAGUAAAAAACGUGAAUGGA